AGGCACAUUCAAUAAUUAUUUUAUGAAUUAUAUUAUGCGAGCCUGCGCGCCGCGUGGAAAGUAAAUAAAGCCGCAUGGAUGGGGGCGUGGAUCAGGGAUCGGGGAUCAAUGAAAUCGUAAACAAAAGGUCCACACUCCAAGUAAAAAUUCAAAAAGUGCCUUUUAUACUAAUUCUAUAAUAACUGAGAACUGUGGGAUCUGCACAUAAGACAAAAUAUACUCUCAUCAGUAUCUCACCUUCCGGGUUCUUGGAAAAAUGAAGGUGAGCCAGUAAAAUUCCUCUGCUGCGAGACGAUUCAGGAGAUGAGAGACGAUGGCUCACAAAAGAUUUUGCCAUAAAAGAUUCUAAUUUGUACACGAUAAAAAAAUCUUAAAAGAUGAGUUAUUGCUGCGAGUGCAACGGUGCAAACGAGCCAAAAGUGAUUGAGAAAACAUUAUUCAACCUUUUGGCCACCUGCGAAAAGAAUGAAAAUCUUCUAAAAGCUUACAUGCUGGAUUUCUUUGUGGAAAAGCAUUGGGACAUUUUGCCACAAAAAUGGACCAAAGUUUUAGAAAAGCUUUCGCCGGAAGAACUUGGCCAUUGGGUUUUGUACCCUGAGUUGUACAACAGUUACAGUGACGUUUGGCCAUUAUCUUUGUUAGCACUGAGGAGCACUGUUCAGCACUUAUCACUCGAGCGCCAGCCCUUGAAAGAAAACUGGAGCAAACCUCCUCUUGGAUUUAGACAGAGCUGUCCACACAGAGACUUUUUGUUUAAGAGUAAGGAAGAGCCUCUGAACAAAAAACUUUUUUCCAAACACAUCAAACCAAAGAAAUUCCAUGAGAUAGAAAUAAUGGCCCAGAUGACAGCAAAUUGUGCUUCUCGACUUGGCUGUGAGUUUGUCAUUGACAUUGGUUCUGGGCUUGGUCAUUUGGGUCGAAUCUUGGCCUUCCACCAUGGACUUCAAGUUUGCUGUCUGGAGGAGCAGAGGUGCCUCACAGAAAAAGCAAAAAAAAUUGAUGAGCAGUUAAUAAGAUGUCUUAAAAAAAUUGAAAAUGAGAAGAAACCGCCAGUGCACAUCAAUAAAAGCAUCCACUCGGCACUCAACAAAGAUGAAUUGAUAAAGAUUUUGAUGGAUGCUUUUGGACUGGAAUCUGAAACAAAGCUGAAAUUUGGCUUGGUCGGAUUGCAUCCCUGUGGUGACUUAGGACCUACCCUCAUGCGGCUGCUUACCAAUUGCGAAAAUGCCGUGUUUCUAAAUCUUGUUGGCUGUUGCUACAUGAAGAUGGCGGAUCAAAACAAUGGUGAGGAUAUUCAGGGCUAUCCAAUGAGUGGGUUUGUUCAACACCACCCACAAAAUAUUUUGAGCUAUGAGGCGCGAGAGGUUUCUUGCCACGCUCUAGAGAUGUACUGUGACCGCCUUAAAAAUGGAUGUGUAGACGAUCUGAAGGUGCAUUGUUAUCGAGCUGCCUUGGAGUGUAUUUUGGUAGAACGUAUGCCCGAAUUAAAACACUCUGGCUUGAAGAGCAUUAAACAUGUUCAGGAAAUGAGCUUUGAAAAAUACGCAGUCGAGGCAGUCGAAAAACUUAAAAUCAAGUUGCCUGCUUGCGAUCUUGACACUGACGAUGUGAAGGAAAAAUUGUCUCGUUGGAUGAGGGUUGUUAUUUUUUAUUCUUUGCGGCUUUUGGUGGCCCCACUUGUUGAAGCAGUGAUACUAUUAGAUCGACUUCUUUACAUGGAUGAAAAAGGGAUGAACGCCAUGCUUAUCCCAGCUUUCGAUCCGCGUUUUUCACCCAGAAAUCAUAUUUUGGUUGCCUUGAAGGAAAAACAGAGCUCUCAAACUUGUGAUUAAUUCUUACGUCAGUUUAAAAAAAAUUAUAUAUAUUUAAUAAAUCUGUUUUUAACAUAUGUGCUA